GCAUCCCCUCCACCAGAUGACUGAUCCACAGACACACACGUAGCAGCCAGCGAUGGCCUUGUCAAUCUGUUCAGGCAUGGCGGUAGCAAGCAGGUCGCCAGAACAUGGUCUCAGUAUUACGCUAAUGCUUAUCGCCGUAGACGCGUCCUUUUCUCCGCACGCGUAGGCCUUUCCUUUUUCUGACUAUCCGACGGUCCUUUCUUUUUUGCGAAAGGAUGAAUCAGGACCUUAGAAUGGAGACCCAGGCGGGACAGGUCGGGAAUGACACUAUCGGGGAGAAUGACAAUAUCGAAGGGGACGCUUCGGCAGCGGAGGGAAUGGACGCGACGUCGAUUAAAGCGCGAACAGACUGCAUAUUUUUUCUCGCAUCUCCGCUAAUGUGCAAGAAGGGAGCGACAUGCGAGUUUCGGCACUCAGAAGCAGCGAGGCGGAACCCUCGUGACUGCUACUACUGGGUGAACUGGGGCUGCAACAAGGCCGAAUGCGCUUUCAGGCAUCCGCCUCUAGGGAGGCCGCCUGACGCCGCUCCCCCUCCUGCGUUUCCCUUGGCGGACGACAAGUCCAAAACGCCCUGCUUCUUCUUCGCCAGGGGCGCUUGCGCCAAGGGCGACCUCUGCCCCUUCCGCCACGAAACCACUCCGCCUGACGCUGCUGCGCCUGCUUCUGCCGCCGCUGCUGCUGCUGCCGUUGCUGCUAGUCCUGCGGCUGUAGAGGCCACUGCCACUGCCACUGCCAUUGCUACUGCCACUGCUGCGGCUGACCGUGCUGGCAGUGAUGCUGCCACUGGCUCCAGAGCUGCUGCUGGUGCUUCAGAUUCUGAUCCCGGCCGUGCUCCUCUUGGCUCUUCUGCUCGCGGAGUGGAAAGAGGGUCGGUGAGAGGUUUGGCGAGAGGUUCGGCGAGAGGUCCGGGUAGAGAAGUACAAGAGGAGGCAGCAGCACAAGGGGGCUGGGAUGCUCAAAAUUUUGCAAUGACAGGCGGACGGAGGGCUGGGGAGGGGGGGAGGGUAGGUGCAGAGGAAAGCGGGGUGGUUGGUGGGGGGAGAGGUGCUCGAUCGACGUCGCCAGCACCAGCAUUGUCCGCAGGGAGCAGGGGCCCUGCGAGGGGCUUUGCAGCUAUGGCCCAUGAACAGCAGCAGCAGCAGCAGCGAUGGCAGGAGCAGAAACAACAUCAGCAGCAGCACCAGCAGCAGCACCAGCAGCAGCACCAGCAACAUCAGCAACAGUGGCAUGAGCAGCAACAGUGGCAGGAGCAGCAGCAAUGGCAGGAGCAUCAACAGGAGCACCACCAUCACGACAACCGCCAGCAGCCUAGGCAGCAGCAAAUGAGUCAGCCACCCGCCCAACCUCGUGUCCAUGAUCGCGCAUUUAGUCACAUUCCAAGUCAUCCUGGUCAGGGUCCAGGUCAGCAUGGGCAAGCUCCAGGUCAGCACGGGCAACCGAUGAGUCAGCAUGGGCAGAGGGUGCCACAGGGGCGGGGACGGGCAGUGGGGGUGCGGGCAGUGAUGGAAGAAGCAGCUGCAGCCGCUGCUGCUGCAGCAGCAACACCGCUGGGGUCAGGUUCAAGGGGUUUAAGGGCCUUGACCCCGGAAACAGGGAGAAGGGAAGGUGGAAACAGAGCAAUGGGGGAGGAUGGUAAUGACGGACUUAGAGGAAGGUUCACAGGAGGUCGGUUCUCUCAACAGCACGGGGCACAUGAUGGCGUGAAGCUGCCUGACCUGCCGCCAUCUCCUAUGCCAGGUAUGCUUACCGAGCCAGGCACUACUGGAGCAGCAGGAGCAGCAGGAGCAGCGCGAGGAGCGCGACCAGGCGUAGACAGAGUGGGUAGUGGCACGAUGAGCACUCUUGCUUCUGCGCCUGGCACCAUCAGCUCACUGGCGGCAGGGCCUCCUCUCAAGGGUCGCAGGCUCGUGGUGGCAGUGGGUAAUGGCGCUAACAAUGCCGGUAGAGUCGUUGCAACCACCGCUGGUGAACUUCCUCACCAGCACCAGCACCAGCACCAGCACCAGCACCAGCACCAGCACCAGCACCAGCACCAGCACCAGCACCAGCAGCACCAGCAGCAGCAGCAGCAGCAGCACCAGCAGCAGCAGCAGCAAGGGCAGGUCCAGGCGAGGGGCGUGGGGCAGGGUUUAGUGAUUCGUGCGCGAGUGGAUGGCGCAUCAGCCUCCUCUCAGCGCGUUGUUCAGGCUCCUCCCCUCCCCGCUUCCCAUCUGCCACAUCCUGUGCUCACACAUGCACCCCAUUACGCGCAUCCAUCCCACACACCCCAUGCGUCGCAUGUCUCUCGUGCUGCUGAUCUGCGCCAGCCUGUGAAGGCAAACUCGUCCGAUCCUGAAGUUCCGCCAGGGAGGAGGGACCUGAAGCGGGUUCGGCCCGAGCCUGAAUCCGCCCCGGAGAAUGCUAUUAGGGUUGUAGGUCUGGGAGCCAAUAGGUCCGGGAAUGUAGCAGGGCGUGCGACGGUUCAGUCAGAGCAGGACGGGACCAGGCAGGGCCAGGCUGGGAUAGGCCGGUUCCAAGGCAGACUUGCCGAACCUGCUAGAGGUUCGGGAGGAUCAGUCUCGGCAGUUAGUGGUGGAGGAUCGGCAGAAAAUGGUAGAUUGUCUGUGAAGAGGCGUUUGGGUGCGGCUGCUGGUGUUAGCACAGUGACUGGCACUGGCGCUGGAGCUAGUGCUGGUUCUCGUCCCGGUGCUACUGGUGCUGCUGUUGGUAGCGCUGGGGCUACUGCUGCCGCUGGUGGUGCCGUUACUGCUGUUGGUGUUCGUGGUCGUGCUGACACAUUGUCUGAAGCUACUGGGGCCGGCAUCAGGGAAGGGAAUGGUGCUGUUCCUGGCACAGGUGUCAAGAGCCGAUUGGCUGCCAGGCUGUCAGGGCCUGGGGGCAAGCCGAGUGCUGGGAGAGUUGGAGGAGCAGCCUCUGGUGCCGAUGCUGCUGGUGCUGGCGCUGAGUCAGAUGCUGUGGGUGCUGUUCCUCGUAUUGCUGUUGCUGCUGUUGUUGCUGGUGCUCCUGGGAGGGUUGGGGAAGCAGCAGGAGCAGGACGAGGGGGGGGAGGAGGGUUCUAUCGACCCCGUAGCCUGGCAGAGAUUCUGGCGGAGAAGAGGAAAAGUCGGGGGGAAGAUGUCGCAUCACCAGCCGCAACAGCAGCACCAUCGCUACCGCCUGGAACAACAGGCACUGCUGGUGGAACAGGAGCAGCAGCAGAGUCAGGCACUGCGAUUCAAGCAAGAACCAAGGCACAGCACACCAGGGUUGUUAUUGGGUCGUCUACCCCCAAGAGUGCUGGAGAUACAGCUCCUAAGAAGGUGUGUGAUCAGCCUGCUAGUGCUGCUGGUGAACCUGAUAAUGCGACAGCCAGUGCGUCAGCUGGUAAGGCUCCUGGUAGGGCUGCUCUCUUCUCCGGCCCUCGGCCGCUGUCAGAGCUACUCAAGCGCAAGCGAGCGAGCAACGAGGGAGAGGCGGGGCAGACGAGUGCACUGAGAGCAGAGGGGGCUACAGUUGGGGGAGCUGGCGCGGGGGAGCCGCAGGGGAGGACAGUUGGUGGUGGUGAGGUGCAGAAGGUGGGAGGAGAGGAGACAGGUGGGCAGGGUCAGGGGAAGGUGGGUAAGGCCAGGAGGCUGUUGAAGGGGCUGGGUGCGCGUGCUGAAGGAGGGUUGGUGGGAGCAGAGGUGAAAACGGCAGGCACAGGAGCAUCAAUGGCUGGGACUGGAGUAACAGUAGUAGGCACAGGAGCAGCAGGAAGUGGAGCGAGUGUUGUGAGUGCCAUGCCGGCUGCUCCAACUCUUGUGGAGCAGCCGACAGCUGGAGCGGGAAGUGGCGGCGUGGUGAAGGCUGCUGCUGCUACUGCUGCCCAUGCUACUACCCCUGCUAUGGCCACUGAUCCUGCCUCUGCUGCUCCUGUGGCUGUUCCAGCAAAGGAGGAGGCUGGACAAGCAGUUACAGCUAAAGCGACCAAAGAUGUUGAUGACGGCAUUCUCCUAAUUCGGAGUGGUAGCUCUCAGUCAAAGGGCGAGAGAGCAGUAGGAGAGGUGGACUUCGGAGAUGAGGAUCUGGUAGGUGAAGACGAUGACGAGGAUUAUGAUUUGGAGGGGAAGCUUGGCGAUUUAUGGUGAGAUAAGUGGCCGUAAACAAGCUAUAAUUUCUCAAACCCCUCUCCAACUCCACGCACUGUGUGAGAUUAUAAUCAUUGAUAGGGUUGUACGGCAGGGCCUAUCUUUGGUCUUUACUACUCUGAUUUUCACGAGUGACUCCUCG